AUGGGUAUCCUGAUCAAACAGCCCGAGGGGACUGCGGGAAAGGCAUGGCCUGCCAUUCUAAUCAGCGGGUUCGUCGCCUUUGGAGGUGUUCUAUUCGGCUAUGAUACAGGCACAAUCAGCGGCAUUCUCGCCAUGCCGUACUGGGAGAAGCUGUUCUCUACCGGCUACAGAGCCUCCGAUGGUAAUCUUACCAUCACCUCCAGUCAAGCUUCGGCCAUUGUAUCUAUUCUAUCUGCGGGUACCUUUUUCGGCGCACUUGGUGCAGCCCCCAUGGGAGAUUUCAUUGGCCGUCGUUGGGGAUUGAUCAUCUCGACCGGUGUCUUUACACUCGGAGUCAUCUUCCAGACCGCUGCGACAGCUAUUCCCCUUUUCUUAGCGGGACGUUUCUUUGCAGGCUUCGGUGUUGGUUUGAUCUCAGCACUGAUCCCCCUUUACCAGUCUGAAACGGCCCCGAAAUGGAUUCGUGGCUUUAUCGUCGGUUCGUACCAAUUUGCCAUCACGGUCGGUCUUUUGUUGGCCGCUGUAGUGAAUAAUGCCACCCAUUCGCGUGAUGACACUGGCUCUUACCGCAUCCCGAUCGCGGUCCAAUUUGCAUGGGCUAUUGUUCUUGUGGUCGGCAUGCUUAUACUUCCGGAAACACCUCGGUACAUGAUUAAGAGAGAUAACCACCAAGCUGCUGUUAGGAGCCUGGCCAAGCUCAGACGUCUUCCCGAAGAUGAUCCUGCUUUGCUCGCGGAACUUGCCGAAAUCCAGGCAAACCAUGAGUAUGAGAUGAGCAUGGGAAGCGCUGGUUAUAUUGAGUGUUUCAAGGGUAAUCUUGGAAAACGCCUUCUUACUGGAUGUUUCCUCCAGGCCCUUCAACAGUUAACUGGUAUUAACUUUAUCUUCUAUUACGGCACCCAGUUCUUCAAGAACUCUGGAUUUAAGAAUGAGUUUGUCAUCAGUUUGAUCACCAGCUGUGUUAACGUCGGUUCUACGAUCCCCGGUCUCUAUGCUAUUGACAAGUGGGGAAGACGCCCUGUCUUGCUUGUGGGAGCUAUUGGCAUGACUGUAUCUCAGCUUCUCGUUGCCGUCCUAGGAACUACGACCACCAGUCAGGAUGACCUUGGAAAUAUUAUUGUCCACAAUCAAGCUGCGCAGAAGGCGGCCAUCGCUUUUAUUUGCAUCUACAUCUUCUUUUUCGCUGCUUCUUGGGGGCCGAUCGCCUGGGUUGUGACAGGAGAGAUCUUCCCUCUUAAGGUUAGAGCUAAGUCUCUGUCUAUGACCACCGCCACCAAUUGGCUGCUUAAUUGGGCACUGAGUUUCUCUACACCCUACUUGGUCAACUAUGGACCCGGUAACGCCAACCUGCAAUCCAAGAUCUUCUUUAUCUGGUUCGGCUGCUGCUUCCUCUGUAUCGCUUUCGUGUAUACCAUGAUCUAUGAGACUAAGGGCUUGACCUUAGAGGAAGUUGAUGAGCUCUACCGCGAGGUCAGCUCUGCUAGGAAGAGUGUUGGCUGGAAGCCAACCAUCACCUGGACCGAGAAGAAGGAGGCAUCAAACACAUUUGGAGGGAAGGGCCCAGUUGAGGAACACAGAGAUUUCCACGAACCAGCACUUGCGCAGGCUUAA